CAAAUUACAACCAAAAUAGUCACCAAACAUUUUAAACUACAUGAAACCAAAAUUUGAUUUUUGGUCACUUUCACCGGAAUAUGAUGUUAUUAAUCAUUUAUUGAUAUAAAGAAUAAAGCCAAGCCACAACUAGUUUGUAAUACUAGUGUAGAAUUAUUUAUUGAUAUAGUGACGUCAUAUAUUUUAGUAAAAGUGGUUGAAAAUCGAAUUUUGGUUAUAGUUUAAAAUAUUCGAUCACUUUUUUUAAUUUUUAUUUUAUCAAGAAGAGGAUACAAGUACCAAAUAAGAUUGUAACUAGCAAAAUGGUACUGUAGGAGAUAACUGGAGCAAGCCCUUUUACAUACUAGAGUACGACUCUUGUUCCAUAAGCAUAGGAACAAGAAGCUAGCAUGGCAGACGAUAAGCCACAGACUCUGAUAUGCACCAUUGUAGCAGUAGACACCACCAACGACUUCUCGUACUUGGUUUGUUCAGUCUGCGAAAAGCCCCUUCAUAACCCCAUUUCACCCUGCAAUUUCUGCAAUCGCAACGCCUUCAAUUCCUCUUCUUUUCCUUCCAAACGCCUCUUUCGCCUUCUUAUGUCAAUUGCAUCAGAUACAAAGGUAUUUAGGGUGAUAUGCUUUGAUAGGGCUGCUAAAGUUUUGCUUGGUUGUUCUGCUGGUGAAUUCUUCGAUUUCGCAAAGCUUCAUCCUUUUGCAGCUUCAAAUGCUGGAAGGAUCUUGGAAGGUGAAAUGUGUCGGAUGACAUUGGCGAAACCAAAGAAUGGUAAUGCUCAACAUCUGCGCGUUGCAUCUGUUGUUCCUCUGAGCUCUGGCUUUCAGCCAGUAAUUCAGUCAUUGAAAGAACACUAUGGAGUGCACUAGUUCUUAACUUUAUCUAUUUGUAUAUUGGGGCUCAGUUACCGUCUUAAAGUUGUUAAAGAUCAAGGCAUUUAUGGAUACUAGAUGUUUUGAAAAUCUUCUUGUUAGAUAUAACAAUGGGUAGUUGUGGGAACUUGAGUGCAUUGAAGGCUUAUUACUUUCAUUGAGACUGAGAUAGGCUUAUCAUGUUACAUAACAAAACAGACAACACUGAUCUCUGCAAGUUUUCUACAGUUUUCCUUAUCCAAACUUGUUCACGGUUGUACUUUAGUUGUACCGAUUUAGUGAUGAACUUGUUAUUGUAGAGAGCUGAUGAUAGACAGUAGCUAUGGCCUACAGAUAUAGAUGUGUGGUUUGUGAUUAGAAGCCACUUUGUAUUACUGUGAUUUGCAAAGUGAAAUGAAUUUUUGCAUCCUUAACACUAGUAUCUGUAGUAUGUGAAUGGAUUGCUUAUACCAGUUUGGGUUU